UCGGCCGGAGAGAGCGAGAGAGAGACAGAGAGAGAGAACCCAACAUGGCUGAAGCAGAGGGAAGCGAGUUAACUUCUGGAGGAAUUUUUCAGGAAAUCUUCACCUCUCCGUUGAAUUUGACGCUGCUCAGCCUCUGCCUGUUCCUCCUCUACAAAAUCUUCCGCGGAGACAAACCGCCGGAGCUCGGCGAGGUGGAACAACAGCUGCCUAAGAUGAAAAAGAGGGAUUUUACCCUCGCAGAGUUGAAGCCCUACGAUGGACUGCAGGACCCCAGGAUCCUUAUGGCUGUCAAUGGGAAAGUGUUCGACGUGACCCGGGGGAAGAAAUUCUACGGACCGGAGGGGCCAUAUGGAGUGUUUGCAGGCAGAGAUGCGUCCAGAGGUUUGGCUACAUUCAACCUGGAGAAAGACGCUCUGAAAGACGAGUAUGAUGACCUGUCCGACCUGAACGCCAUGCAGCAGGAGAGCCUGUCUGAGUGGGAGUCCCAGUUUACCUUUAAGUACGACUACAUUGGUAAGCUUCUGAAGCCCGGCGAAGAGCCCACAGAGUACACAGACGACGAAGAAGGGAAGGACAAAAAGUCAGACUAGAACAUGAAAAGUGACCAAGAGGGAAACAAAGAUAAUUGCCUUAAUGUUUCUGUGAAGUUUUGAUGCCUCCUGUUAGGACCAUUUUGACACAAACUUUGUAAUGUUUUUGGACCAUCAUAAUACUGGAUUUUAUAAGUUGACUGAAUUGAUUGAUGUUAUUUGAAGGUUAAACGGCAUUAACAGUCAUCAAGUUCAACAUACUGAUGUAUAGAGGUGUAUAGUGUUGUUAGAGUUAGAUUAACAUGUUCAUUAGAUUGUAUUAGUGACGGACCAGUUCAAAUAUCAGUGAAGUGACACCCGGUUGUUGCUAUCUACAGCUCUGUUGUAAACUUUUUUAAGGCAGUGGCGUAUUGCAGGUGUACACAUUCCUUCACAAAGGUCGGCUCAGCCCUCAUUGGAAUUAAUCAUCUCAGGAAGUAGUCUGAUAAAGAUUCAAGUAGAUAAAUGAGUGGGUUCAGAGGACAGGUUUACAUGAAAAUGAUAUGAUUAAUGUUUCUUUUUUAUUUUUGUGUAACUAUCAAAACUGCAUCUGCAGAGCUUGCUGACUGUGCACUAGCCAUAUCCGAAGAAUUUUGGACACUUUUUCUGUCACUUAGUUUUCUGUUCACCGGUUUGUUUAAACUAAAGAUUGAUGAUCACAAAGAAAACAUAGAGGGCCAAAAAAGGGCACUACCACUUCUAAGAAAAUAACAUUUAGGAGUCAAAAUUGAGUGUAAAAACAAUAACAUCAGUCGAAUGAAGUAGCAGGAGCUCUUUUUAUUAUUAAAGUAAAACAAAAUUUCUCAUUAAUCAUUUCAAACCACCAGAUAGUAUAGUUAGCUGACAUUGAAAGAUUUCUGUGUAGACUUAAAAUACUUGUUACUGUGACAGCUUGGAUUCGUGCAGAUCCCUUAAAGUUCUCAAAAUCCUUUCCAUUUUUUAUGUAGUGCACAUAAGAUAUUUUGCUACAAAUUUAUACACCUCUUGUAAUGAAUCCAAAUGCACAUGGUCACUGCCAAUGAUGCAAUGAAAUUCUGGCCGCUCUUUGCACAAGGUUAGACCUAUCAUGCCUUAACUAUGCAGAAUUACUUUGAUUCUAUCAAAACACACAAGACAUCAUCUGGGCCUCUGUAUGUUGAAAUGAUAGUGUAAAAUUUGGGGGCCGACUUGAAUCGGUUUUUCAGAACCGAUGCUGAUCUUGAGUAGUUCAAGAGACUGAUAAUCAAUAUUUGGAAUCAAGAUGCAUUUAUUAGGAUUAUCAAAAAAAGAAAACUAAGUAAUAUCAACAAUCUGAGCCCGGCACUAUCAGCAUGAGAAACGGCACAGAGCAGCAGGUACAAAAGGAAGAGAUGCCAUACACUCACUGUGUCAGUGGCACCCAGGCUUAAGUGUUGAUUGGGUAGUACUCAUGACAUUUAACCAAUCAAAUUAUGUUGUAGGCAGGACAUUCAGUGAGACAGCUGAUGGCAGAGCCAGUGGUGGAGCCAGUGGUAGCUGGAGACCAGGGCCCCCUGAAAUCUGAUUGGCGUCCCUAAAAUCAUUAAAAUGACUGGUUAUUUGCCUUGUCAGCCUCUAACUAACCAUUUAAACACCCCCACUAACUAGUGUCAGCAGUCACUGAUAAACAGCCUUGUUCAAACACUUUUUAUUAACCACACCAACCUCAUCUACGAGUCAGAUUCCUUCUCAUUCAUUCCCUUUGGUAUGAAGUUCUGCCUGCUUAGAUUACAGUAGUAUGACAAUGCCAUGUUUGUAAUGUUCCACCCCAUCAAAUAUAUCUGAUUAUCACAGCCCCAGCCCAAUGAAAUUUCACUUUACAGAUUUCAUUUAAAAGAUUUCACUGAAAUUACGAAGCAACAAAUUGACAAUCCAGGCUGUUGUAUCUAGAGCGUCAUAGUGGUGAAUCAUUAAAAGUCAAGAAUCUAACAUUUGACACCAUUUUUUUAUAUAUAUAAUUUUACUUAAAAGACAGUUAACAAGCAAAAUAAUUAUUCUUUGUUCUGUACGUUUCACUUCAGACAAGCUGAAUUUCUUUACAUUUAGGCUGUGGAUCAGGAGAGUUAUGUGCAAUGUUUGUUUUUUUUUAUCAGAAAUAAAAUAAAAUGCAGAAAAUAAUAGAAAACAGUGAUGUAGAUUAGUGUUCACUUCUGUAUUUUAUCACACAGUAGGAAGCGGAGAUGUCACCAAAUACAAAUUUUAAAGAAGAUAAUCAUUCCAUUUAUCCUUCAGUGGCUUGUUUGACACUAAAUCCAUCAUAAAUUAAUCAUGUAUUAUGAGGUCAAAAUAUCUUUGCUAAGUCCUCUGAGGCACAAAACUUUUUUUUAUUGAAAUGUUUUCUUUACCGAGGUUACAGUCCUGGCUUCUUAGCCUCCAUUUGUCUAAUCAAAAAGAACACUAAUCCUCAAAGGCAAUCCUUCUGAGUUUUACCAGGUUCAGCAAUAUUAUACAGUCUUAGGCUGCACUUAUUGGACCAGGAUUUCCACAAAUGUGUCUGUAACAUACCGCAGAAACUCUAAGUUCAAGGAUUAUUUUUUAAUCCCUGACAUUUAUUGAAAGAAGUCUGUGUUUUUAAGACUGUAAUAAACUAUGAUGGGUUUAAUCAUCUGUUAUUUUUUCCACACCAGAGCUAUGACUGUAUCUUCCAUGGAACAGAUGUAAUGAGGGAACAGUUUCAUAAUGCUGUAAAAAUUCAAACUAAGUGUUAUAUUACUGUUAUUAUCCUUAAAAGUUCUUUGAUUUUAAUAAAGAAAACUAUCAUAUUAAA